AUGCCAAUGGCAAUGAUGUGCCUUGGGGGGCUAGUAAUGUGCGCAGACACAGAGAACGAAAUAAGUACAGAAAAAAUACUUAAAUCAUCGCUUAUAGAGUCAGAGCACACGCAUCUCUAUAAAAAAGCAAAAAGCAUGUCUGAAAGCUAUCCCAGGAUAUACCAAACUGAGACAACCAAUGAGAUUUGGAAUUUAUUUGUAGAUUUAUGUUUCUAUACGGGAAGGAAGGAUCCAAAGACCAUUCCUGAUCUUGUAUCUAAUAGGCCGUAUGAGCAGGUGUUGACAUACCAUCAAGAUAUAGACAUGGAAGAAAAGAAUGUAUCAGAACAAACUGAUAAAAUACUUGAACUAUACACUAAUUACUUCAAGUUGCCGGAAAAUACUAUUUCUGCACAGAAGCCCACAGAGGAUUCAGAUGAAAGUAUAAACUGCUAUGAAAAAAUGAACAUUGGGAUAAAGAAAAUUUGGGACUGCUUGACAAAGGAUCUAAGAGAAAAAGAGCCCAAAGAGUACUUUGACAGCAAAAUACCACAGAAAAACGAUGUUGUAGUGCCGGGAGGAAGGUUUCAAGAGGCUUACUAUUGGGACUUUUUCUGGAUGGCAAAAGGACUGCUUAUUAGUGGAAAAGAAAAAGCAGUUGAUGGUAUGACUAGUAACUUCAUAGACCAAAUAAAUGCAUUUGGGUUUAUUCCAAAUGGCACGCGAUGGUACUAUAUAAACAGGUCGCAGCCCCCAUACUUUGCACAAAUACUGCUUGACUCAAUGGAUGAGUUUAAAAAGCUUAAAGACAUUGUAUCAAACCAUUCAAGAGCAGCGAGCCAAAAAUCAAACCCAGAGACUAGUGCAGAUUAUAUGAACCUAGUAGUUUCUCAGCCAUUGAUUAAAGAAUACCAGCCAGCAUACCUGGAUGACUUAGAAAAACAACUUACGAAGGAGAAGGUAGAUGCGCUUUACAAAGAAAUGAAAUUCUGGGUAGACAGCAGAUGCGUUGAGUUUAAAGAUGAAAGCGGCCAAAGCCGGAGAAUGUUUCGAUAUGGUAGCAAGACAGCCAUACCAAGGGUAGAAAUGCUUAUUCCCGACUUAAUUUCAAAUGAAAACUAUCAGACAACAAAUAAAUCCGCCGGGCCAUUUGAAUACUACACACAUAUAACAGCUAGCACUGAGUCUGGAUGGGACUUUUCCAGCAGGUGGAGACAAUACAACACGGAUACAAAAAUGUAUGGAUUUUUAAAUACACAUAAUGUCAUACCAGUAGAUUUAAACAGCAUACUUGUAAAGAAUUUUAACAUUCUAGCAGAAAUAUACAAUAUUAAUGAGUACAAAAGUGUUGAACAGAAUAUAUACUGGAAAAAUCUUGCAAACAGCUUGUCUUCAUGCAUUGAUGAUUUAAUGUGGGAUGCAGAGCACACAAGAUGGAGAGAUUUAAUAUUAAUGGAAAAAGAAAACGACUACCAUUAUAAGAAAAGAGAAGACAGUGUAUUCUACCAUAGUGACCUACAUCCGCUGUAUAUGGGCAUAGUAAAUGAUCCAAAUAAUCACAUUCUUAGCAGAAAUGCGAAAAAUAUUUGGAUAUCAGAAGAUGUUAUGCUACCAUGUACAAGCACGAGAGAAUAUACAGAAGAAAGUGCACAAGACAGCCUAUGCGGCAUGCUUCAAAAAACUGCAGAGGCCGCGCUAAUACAUCAGAAUGAAAUAAAAGACCAAUGGGAUGGCAAAAACGUAUGGCCGCCUCUGGUGCAUCUAACAAUAGAAUAUUUGAUUAGAUCAAAUAAUAUAGAUCUUGCACAGCGCACAGCACAGAGCUAUAUGGCCAAAAUGAAUGAGUAUUACAUAGCGCACGGCAAUCUUCCAGAGAAGAUAGAGUAUGAAGCCAAGAACACUGGCGAGUAUAAGGUGCAGAAAGGAUUUGGCUGGAGUAUUGGGGUAGCCCAGUGGAUAUACUAUAUAUUUGAUAAUAAUUUUAAGUAA